AUGUCUCUCCCCAACAACGCAGACGAUCCAGUCGCUCGCCUCGAAGCGGAACUCGCCCAAGAGAAAGCCGCUCAUUCCCGCACAGCAAAGGCGCUCCAGUCUAUCAUCUACCUUCACGACAAUCAAGCUGUUACUAUCAGCUCUCAGAUUGGCAUUAUCAGGGCGCAGAUCCAGAGGCACCCUGAGGAUAUCGACAUUAUCCAGAAAGAGGCCAAGGAGGCAGAGGACGAGCGUCAGCAGAGUGAAAGUUUAAGCAUCGGCAUCUAUCAGAGCCGCAGUUCCGCGAAACACGCACGCAGGGGUCUUUGA